AAUUUAAAUCUUAAAUAAUAACUUAAGACAUUUCAAUAGCAGGAUAUACUGAAAUUUUCCAUUCAUUAAGUUCGUGAGAAACUUUGAUGCCUAAAAAAAUGACAGCUGUUUUUAAUUUUUGAAGUUCAUGGAAGUGAAGUACAAAAAAGUUUCUUUUUGGAGAUCGAAAGCACGUUUUCUGUUUCAGAUCUUAUUAGCCAUAGGGUUUACAAUACAGAGUGUGAAAUUUGUGGAAAUGUAUUUACAGUAUCCAUCAUCUGUUGAAUUGGAAGUCGUACAGCCAUCAGAAGUUGAACUUCCUGCUUUCACAGUUUGCAAUAUAAAUGAAAUCCGUGCCUCAUCUUAUUGUCGGGAAUAUCCACAAUUCUGCGGAACACCGGAAACUGAUUCUACGUUUUGUACUCGCUUUGCGGAAUACUGCAACCUUGUCAAUGUUUCGAAAGAGGUUCCCUUAAGAGAUAAGGAUAGUUUUCGACACCUUACUCGUUAUCAACAGCAGAUAUUGGGUCACCAGUAUUCAACAUUAGUCUCCAGUUGCACUAUUGAAACUGACGAUGAAGAAAGAAAUUGCAGUUCCACACCCAUUUUAGUCCCAGCUUUGAGUUUCUCAUAUGAAAUUCCCUUCAACUGUUGGAUGAUAUACUCUUUACAUAAUAAACCCUAUGAGACACCUCAGAAAGUACCCGUAUCAACAAAGAUUCACUUGAUUCUUAACCUGGAGGUUUCGGAAUAUCAUCCGUCUCAUUUAUCUCGUGGUGCACAGCUCAGUAUUCAUUCCCCAUUCCACGUCCCAUCACCGGUAGGAGAAGGUCUCUUUUUAAAUAUGGGCACCGUCUAUCGAAUCUAUAUAAGGCUGGCAAUCAGAAAAGAAUCUCCUGCCUCAACCCUUCAAGAGUAA